AUGCUAAGAAGUGAGAAAAUCAUUUUGCUUGCCUCAGAUAGCCAUUUUGAAAGAUCUCAGGAGCUGAAGGCCCUACAAGAGAAACUGGUUUUGUUGAAGAGAAGAUCUUCAGAUGGUCCCUUGGUCCGCGAACAGUCAAUUUUGCACAAGAAAACUGUGAAUAUACAAGUAAGUCCUAUGCCUCUUCUGUUGCAGAAAGCCCCCACCUUCAAUGAAGAAGUUGAUGUGCUUGGAGAUAUCGAUUCCUUCAUUGACAGCACUUUCAACGGGAUCACAUUUAACCGACAAUCACAGAUGAUAAAGAACGACAUUUGGAAGCAUAUACCGAAUCAGGAUGCCAACUUUAGAUGA